AUGUAAGCAGCAUUCCAUUCACAACAGACACAGAGACACGGCCACAGUUUAGCUUUAGUGUCCGUGUGUGUGAAGAUCAGGGAAGAUCAAACUACCCGCUGUAGGUUGACCCCUGAGCCUCCGUGUCUCCCCUUCAAGGAUACAGGUGGGACCCCAGGGAUACCAUCGCAGUACUCCUGAAUUGCCAAAGCCACAAUGUCACAAUUCUGUACAAUGCCAACUGGAGAGAGGAAGAAGCGCGCUGCAGCUAUUUGCCAGGAGGUCCACGGCACCAACGGGUACGUAAUGGAUCUCGGAAAGAAGCUCAGCACUCCCAAAGACAUAAUGUUGGAGGAGCUGUCGUUGCUUUCCAACCGAGGGUCUCGGCUUUUCAAAAUGCGCCAGAGGAGAUCUGAAAAAUAUACAUUUGAAAGUAUACAAAAUGAGGCAAACACACAGCUGAAUAAUGAUAUUUUAGCUUUGAACGCACACACUGUGGAAAUUAAAGUGGACCCACCGACCGAUGGAAAUACAACUAAUCCAGAAAUCAUUGUAUCAGACACAACUGCAGAGAAGUUUACAGCUACAGCGAUGCCCAAGUCCUACCACUCCCCGUGGGAUCAGGCCAUCCUCAGUGACCCCGACCUCGCCGAAACCCUCAAACUGACGAUGUCAGGACCAGACCCGCAACCGGACCCUCCCGAGUACAAAAGCUUUAACCGGGUCGCCACUCCUUUUGGUGGCUUUGACAAAGCUCCCAGAGGAAUCACAUUCAAGCUCCCCGAGCUGGACCUGAACCCGCCCAGGUACCACGAGCUGCAGGAGCCCGGAGUGAAAAGACCCACCUUUAAUCGAAAGGCCCAAGGGUGGAUAUCUGAGGGCGCUCCUCUGAUCCUGCCCACUGUGACCGUGGAGGCCGUUAACAUCCCGGAGUCCGAUGACCUGUAGGUCGUCUAACCGUGUGAUGCCAGCUGUUGUGUUCAGGGCCACAUCUGAUUAAGGCGAAACACCCCAUUCACACCAAAGUCAUGAAUACUAAUAUUUUGGAUUGAUCCCAUUUAGUAGAGAAAAAAUAUUUCAAACUUUUGUUGAGCAGUGUGUUUGGUGUACACUUAAACUGUGUUCAAAGAAAAUCGUGUAAAUAGAAUAACUCAAGAAAGGUUUCCACUGGUUCAUACAGCAAAACUGUAAAUUUUAUAAGUGUUCAGUUGAAUUUUAUGAAUACGUAAUGUAAAUAAAGAAUGCUACUUAUUUAUUGAUUGAAGACAACUGGAACAUGCAGUGCAUUAUAUUUAGUGAUUGUGAUACGCAAUAUUCCAUUUAUAUCUAUUGUAAGGAAUGAAAUUACACAUACUCAAAUAAGAAGUGUUAAUUUCUAUUUAUUUAUCAUAUAAAUAUACAUAUAUAUAAUAAAUAACUCUUAACGUCAUGUAAGACAACGCAAAGGUUGAACACAGACAGAAAUAACUCAGGAUCAGGAAUCAGGAAUAAGGAAACAUUUGUUGCUAUAAUGUGUCAGACAAACAAGGAAUUUGACUUGGCGGUUGGUGCGUAACAGCAGACAGUCCCAUGAUGGAUGACAAGACAGUGCACAAAGAAUAAAAUAAAAUAUAAUGCUAUGGGUUAGUAGUAUAAGGCUAUGGGUUAGUUUAAAAAUAAAAGAAUAAAAGUUAAAGUUAACUCAAGCUGAUUAAUCAAAAAAUGUAUCAAAACUUUAACGCGAAAUAGGAAAAAUGGAUCCGUAGAAAUAAAACAAUAGUGAAAGGACUGUUUGACAGCUCUGAUUUAUUGUGGACUGCAAUUGAAAACGUUUUUUGAAAAUUACAUUGGAGCUAAGAAACAUUUUUAUAUUGAGGGAAUAACAGAAGUCACAUCGAAGUGGAACACUGAGAAAUCUGGACUUUGACCUGCGAUGGAACUAAUGAAUUAAAACACGGACAUAGAAACAGUGACUUUGUGUGCCAAUACGUUUAAUAAUUGUAAACAUUGAUGUAGUCUGGCCUUCCUUGUUUGCAGUGUGAGCAAACUGAAAUGUUUGUUGUGUGUUGUUUCUUGCCACUGAUGUCCUAAAACAUGAAACGUGUGUAAACUGUGUACGAGUGCAAAAUACACUGAAAGUGUGUCAGUUA